AUGACGUGCAUAGCUGAGACUAAAUCCGAGGUCGGCAACCUUAGACGAAAGAACCAGCACUUGAACGAGGCCGCCAACUUUCCGAUGGAACGGGCGCGGAUAACUGGCCUCGGUGUUGAGGCCUUGAGGUUAGAUAGCAAUUCUAUCAAAUCGAACGCCGCCUUUACGUGGCGGAAGGAGCUGAAGGGGAAGAGGAUUCCAUCCUCUGUUGUGUUUAUCGUGGUCGAAGUCGUUGAGGCGGCCCCAUUAGGGAGUAACUGGCGGCAACACGACUUGAGAGCUGCCGUUACCGACGUCUCCCGUGUCCUUUAA